AUGAAAGAAGCACACACAAGACAGAAAGUAGUCGUUGUGGGAGCAGGCCCUGUUGGCUGCUUAGCUGCACUUUAUGCAGCACAACGAGGUGACGAUGUAGAAAUAUAUGAACUUCGUGAAGAUCCUCGCAUGUGCCACCCCAGCCAAUGCUCGACCACAUCGGGUGCAAUUGGGUUGGUUUUGUCAGAAAGAGGCCUCAGUUCUAUCCAUGGCCUCCAAAACCCAAGACUCCUCAGUCUCAUUGAAGCGAAGACAGUUCCCAUGUACGGGCGGAUGAUUCAUGGGCGCUACCCAUCUGGCGAGCUGUGGGAGAAGGCGCAGAAUUACGACAACGUCAACGGAAAGUUUACUAACGCAACAGAUCGCUCACAUCUGACCAAUGUCCUGCUAGAUGAGCUAGAAAAAACUACCAACAUCAACGUGUUUUUCAAUCACAAGUUCACCGGGGCCGAUUUGAAAACAAACCAGGCUUUUUUCCAAUUCAAACAGGGCAAUCUCAACCCUAAGCAUGUGGAUGCCUCGUUCGACAUGAUUAUCGGUGCUGAUGGCGCCUACUCUGCCACACGAUCCCAAUUAAUGAAACAUACUCCGAUGGACUACCAGCAGAAGUAUGACGAUAUUCGCUGGUGCGAGAUACAGAUCACCGACCGAGCAGUGUCAAGUCAGCUUUCCCGAAAUCACUUACAUAUAUGGCCCGGCCGCGAAUCCAUGUUCGUCGCGGUUCCCGCCCCCGGUGGUACUUUCACGUAUACCCUUUUCGCGCCCUCGUCGCACUACUCGGCGUUUUUUCAUUCACCAGAGGACGUCGCGGCGUAUUUUGAUACCCGUUUCCCUGGGGUAUCGCCAGAUCUCGUGGACCGCGGGUCUCUCCAUAAACAGCUCAUGGUUAAUCCCUACCUUCCGCUCGUAGGGACAAAGUGCUCCCCAUAUCACAGUGGACACAACGCCGUGAUCGUCGGUGAUGCUGCUCAUGCUGUUCUUCCGUUCUAUGGACAGGGCCUCAAUGCGGGCAUGGAAGAUGUUUGUCGACUUUUCGAGCAUCUAGAUAAUCACGGGGUAUAUCAAUGUGCGAGGAGCCAGAUAGCAACUGCUCGUGCUUUUGCUUUGGAGGCAUACAGUCGUCAGCGAGUUCCUGACGGACAUGCGAUUCAUGAUUUAUCGCGUGCUAACUACCUGGAGCUGCGUUGGGGGGUCCUGUCCUCUCUGCAUCAGCUACGCAAGCGAGUGGAGGAAGCGAUUUGCAAGUACUUACCCCAAUUAGGCUGGGCGACACAGUAUACCCGAGUAAGCUUUACCACCGAGUCAUAUUCUGCGAUUGUUCAAGCGAGUGCAAGUCAGGAAAGAGCUCUUAUUCUAGCCUCGAUGGUGCUUGUUGCUAUCAUGGUUAUACUUGCUUGCUGCCUGUUGAUUUAG